AUGGUUGCGGGAAUGCUGUUCGUGAUCGCGAUCGCGUUACUGCUAGUGAUGAUCUACCGCUACCUCGCGAAGAUCAAUACGUUUUUCGACAACAUCCCCAUACCCUGCCUGCCGACGGUGCCGCUUUUUGGAAGCUCACGCCGCUUGAUCCUGAAGCGCAUUUCAUUCAACGAUUUUAUCCGCACGAAUUACGAGCGCUUCCCGGAUGCAAAGGUGUUCGGGAUGUUCGAGCUGCUAACGCCGAUGUUCGUCGUGCGUGAUCCCGAGCUCGUGAAGCACAUCAUGGUGAAGGAUUUCGACCACUUCAUCAACCACCGGCUGACGAUGCACGAGGAUAGCGGAGCGGACUCGAAUAUGAUCUUCACGAGAUCACUCUUUAUGCUGCGUGGGCAACGGUGGCGUAACAUUCGCACCGCCCUUACGCCCACCUUCACCGGGAGCAAGAUGCGCCAGAUGUUCAUGCUGAUCGUUGAAUGUAGUGAGAGCAUGGUGCAGGCGUUGGCCAGACAGAUCCCACGUGAGUACGAGGUGAAGGAGCUGUUCAUACGGUUCACGAAUGAUGUCAUCGCUUCGUGUGCGUUCGGCGUGAACGUCAAUUCAUUUGAUGACCCAGAGAAUGUGUUCUUCCGCUAUGGCAAGGAGUUGACGGAUUUUGGCCGAUUGCACGUGUUUCUCAAGAUGAUGGGUUUCCAGGUGUGUCCACGGUUGAUGGCGUGGCUGGAGCUCGACAUUUUCGACCGUAAGCACGUUCGCUUUUUCACGGACGUGUUCCGACAGUCGGUCGAAGCUCGCGAGCGGCUCGGUGUUGUGCGCCCGGAUAUGGUUCAUCUGCUGACGCAGGCCAGAAAAGGCACUCUGCGUUAUCAGCCACAGGACGAGCGCGUUGAGGUGGAGAGCUACGCCACAGCCAAGGAUGGAGAGCUGACCGAACAACCUCUAGGGACCGGCACGCUAACGCUGGGUGAGAAAGAAAUGGUAGCGCAGAGCAUGAUUUUCUUUUUGGCCGGGUACGACACCGUGGCAGCCAUGAUAUCCUUCCUAGCGUAUGAGCUAGCCGUAGCGCCUGAUAUCCAGCAGCGACUCUACGAAGAGAUACGCCACACAGCGGACGUGUUAGAAGGACGUUCGCUCACCUACGAUGCCUUACAAGCCAUGCGCUACCUCGAUAUGGUCGUCUCGGAAACGCUACGCAAGUGGCCACCAAAUCCUACCACCGAUCGGCACUGCAAUCGGGACUACACUAUCGCCGGGCAUGGGGACUUCCCAGACGUAACGAUUCCAGUGGGAGCAACCGUGGCCAUACCGAUUGCCGGGCUGCAUUACGAUCCACGCUACUAUCCCGAUCCGGAACGCUUUGAUCCGGAGCGGUUUAGUGAGGAAAACCGGCAGAACAUACCCACCGGGGCGUACAUACCGUUUGGCAUAGGGCCUCGAAACUGUAUCGCGUCCCGGUUCGCUCUGAUGGAGGUGAAGGCAAUCGUCUAUCAUUUGCUGCGGCAUUUCGAGUUCCAGCCCACCGAACGAACGUCUGUUCCGAUGCAACUAAAGAAAGGUUUCACAACACUGAAGGCGGAAAAUGGCAUCCAUUUGAAGCUUGUUUCACGAGAUAGCAAUUAAGUAGGCGAUGACAUUCGUCCUUGUCAUUUGACAGUCAAAGUUCUCGCAUGAAGUUAAAAAAACCCAACCAUACACCUUCUCGAAUAGCGCAAAGCAUGUGUUCGUCUAUUAUUGUUUCAAUAAAUGCACUUAUUGUU